GGGCCUGAGAGGAAGAGCCAGUGGGAUAGCAAAGGUGGGGUGUUUAGGGCCGGUGGAAGCCAGGGGCAUUGGGUGAGGACUGAUGGAGGCUCAGGAAGAUCAAUGUUGAAAACCGUGUAGAAGGAAGAAGACUUCUGCACUGACCCAGGGGCUGGAGCGAAUCCCAGACCAGCUUGGCUACCUGGUGCUGAGUGAAGGCGCGGUGUUGGCGACAGAGCAACAAGUGGGAAGACUGAGGAAAAGAUGGAGCCUGGACCAAGUCCAUGGCAGUCAUCUGGGGAUCUAGAGAAUGACGAGCAGGCAGCCAGCGCCAUCUCUGAGCUGGUCAGCACUGCCUGCGGUUUCCGGCUGCACCACGGCAUGAGCAUCCCCUUCAAGCGCCUUUCGGUGGUCUUUGGAGAACACACAUUGCUCGUGACCGUGUCGGGACAGAGGGUGUUUGUGGUGAAGAGGCAGAACCGAGGCCGGGAGCCCAUUGACGUCUGAGCCCGCCGGAGGGCGAGGGGCAGAGGUGGAUGGGGCUGGGAAGCCUCUGUGAUGAGGAGGACACAAGCUCCCCCCCCGCCUCUCCCUUGCCUGCUAGAGCUAAGCCAUCUGCACACCCACUUCUCCAUCCCCUACCUGGCAGGGCAGGGGCUUGGAGACUUUGUUAAGGAGAGUGAGGGCAAGGGGCCCUCCCUCUUCCCACCCUCCCUCCUAAUAAACAUGAGUCUGAUGUUCCCGGG